ACAGGCGGCCAGACAGUGUGGAAGCCCAGAGAGACGACAUUCAGUAAGAUGCAUGCGCUGCUGCUGCUGCUGCUGGGCUUUGUGGCGAUGACCACUGCUCAGCCCCAGUGUGACCCACUAACUGAACAUGAGUUGCAUGGCCAAUGCUGCAAAAUGUGUGGCCCAGGGACCAGAAUGUUGUCAUCAUCCCUCCCCAGCUCUUGUCAGGAUCCUCAGUGCGUAGAAUGUGGGGACAAUGAAUAUCAGGAGCAAUACACAAAGGAAACCAAGUGUCAACGUCAGCCAUACUGCGACCCACAUAAAAACUUUCAGACUGUUGUCCAUAAAAGCAAGGAGAAACAGAGCCCCUGCGUGUGUAAAGAGGGAUUCCACUGCUCCAGUAAAGAAUGCAUAACCUGUGUGCCGCACACACUCUGUAAACCAGGGUAUGGGGUUCAAAACAUAGCCACCCAUAUGAAGGACACAGUGUGUCAGAAAUGCCCUGAAGGCACAUUUUCCAACGACAGCUCGUGGCACGGUGUCUGCAUGGAAUGGACAGUAUGUGAGAGUGGAUACCAUAUUCGACAAAGCGGAACAGACGUAUCUGACAACAUCUGUGAGGAAACCUCAAGGAGGCACAUAGUUCUGUUCGUCGUUGUGGCUCUUGUGGUUGGAGUUUCAGCCAUACUUGUAAUUGUGUAUUGUCUAUGCAAAGGUAAAGAAGAAGACGCACGUGGAAAGGUAAAGGUCUGUGUUGGUUCAUGUUUCGGAGAUGGAAGGCAGCCACUGAGAGAAACCAGAGUACUGAUAACAAACCCAACGGAUGCGACUGAGGAGGAGUCCAUGAAGCUGCCUGAGCUGCAGUCCUCACAAGAGGAGGGCGGUGCGGGGACACCGGAGGAAAACGAGGACCAGCAGAACCAGGAAAUUUCAGCAGGUCCAUUUCUCACUGAGAAUGGAAAGUUGGUGACUGAGGAGUAUGGGAAAUCAUCAGUCCUCUCACGACAGGAAUCCCAACCGCAUACGUUUACAGACAGCAGCACUAGCACCGCUUUCACACCAAUAACUUAAUCAGGGCAAUUCCCAGGUCGACUGUGUUUCGGUGGGGUAACCGUCCUCAAUCUGCUUGGCUUCGCGACCCAGGUAGCCACUAGAGUAUUCUACUUCCUUGUCCACCUGCUGCAAUAAGUAUGCAGAGAAGGAGAAAACACUGCACAAAAUUAGAUAUGUAUUUGUGCUUUAUUUAUCUUUCCCUAUUGUACAAUGACAGAUUCAAGUAGCUAUGAGACAUUAGUUCUGCUAGUAUACACACAGAGUGGAGUAUUUGAAUAUGUUAGUUGUUCACUGACUAUGGCGUCAAAGCCCCGUUCAUUUCUAGCAUUUAAGGUACUGUUAUGCAGUGCAACCGGGUUGGGGACCCAGGUCUUUUCUGAAUUGCCAUGACAAGGGAUGUAACCAUGGAGACUGAAUGGUUUGAACACUGAUCAGACAACCCUGGUGAAACCCUGGUCAGCGGUGUGAAA